CCACACUAUAGGGUUGAAGGCUCUCCCCCUUCAGCCCGACAUGUUGCGUUGUUAGUACUGGCUCUCAACGAGCCAUUUAUUUCGGGGGUUUGCUGUACUUCAGUCAGUCACCAAUGUUACAAGAGAAAAGGGGGACUUCAUUUCAUUGGAUAAAACAGAAGGAAAAACGCGACACGUGUAGGACAUCAAGAAAAUUUUAGUGGUUUCGAGAGGUCAUGGCCGAAAACCUUUGUGCAAGAAGCGAGACACAGCAAAAACAUUCCUGAUGACGGCUCUGUUACCCCUUUAGAACCGUCAGAUCUUCAAAGAAAUUGAACAUACUGAUGCAAGAAGCCCCUCAAAACUACGCAACUGUGAGCGCGUUCAGCAACUUUAAGAAAAUUAAGUUAGAGGCUGGCUCCUUGAAGCAGCAUGUAGUUCCGGGCAGAAUAGCCUCUCCUUUUCUUUUACAUGACCACGCCGUCAGCUCACAACAAUCUUUGUAUUCGCAUGCCCAUAAUGGGAAUGAGUUCUCAGAUUUUGAGGGGCUGCGCCAUCAGACUUUCAUUAGCAACAGUCACCACUCAGCAGCGUCAGCAAAUCAGAAGAUCCUGGCCUCCUCCAGUAGCCACCAGCGGGGUGGCAUUAAACGUAAAAUUGAUGAACUGAAUGUAUCUGCCCCCAUGCAGUUGACUGAGGCCCACGCCAUCUCCAGUGAGGAUGAAAGCACCACGACGACCACUACGGCGACAGCAAACACAGCUGCAGCGACGACGACCUCCAAAAACACAACCACCAGCUCGUCCAACAGUGAAGGGGACUAUCAGCUUGUGCAGCAUGAGGUGCUGUACUCUAUGACCAAUGCCUAUGAAGUGCUUGAGUUUUUGGGCAGAGGCACAUUCGGGCAGGUGUGCAAGUGCUGGAAAAAGGGCACCAAUGAGAUUGUGGCCAUCAAGAUUCUUAAAAACCACCCUUCCUAUGCCCGUCAGGGUCAGAUUGAGGUUUCCAUCCUAUCACGGCUCAGCCAGGAAAAUGCAGAUGAUUACAAUUUUGUGCGGGCCUUCGAGUGCUUCCAGCACAAAAAUCACACUUGCCUGGUAUUUGAGAUGCUUGAGCAGAACCUGUAUGACUUCCUCAAGCAAAAUAAGUUUCAGCCAUUACCUUUGAAGUACAUCCGUCCAAUCACGCAGCAGGUGCUGACAGCCCUGCGCAAACUGAAGCAGCUUGGUUUGAUCCAUGCUGACCUCAAGCCCGAGAACAUCAUGCUGGUUGAUCCUGUCCGUUUCCCUUACAGGGUCAAGGUCAUUGACUUUGGCUCAGCCAGUCAUGUUUCCAAGGCUAUGUGCUCCACCUACCUUCAGUCGCGUUACUACAGGGCACCUGAGAUCUUGCUCGGUCUUCACUUCUGCGAAGCAAUAGAUAUGUGGUCGCUGGGCUGUGUCAUCGCUGAACUUUUCCUCGGCUGGCCUCUGUAUCCAGGUUCCUCAGAGUAUGAUCAGAUUCGCUAUAUUUCCCAGACGCAAGGACUCCCAGCUGAGCAUCUGCUUAACAAUGCGACAAAGACCUCCCGCUUCUUUGUUCGUGACAAUUCCGACAGCAGCUACCCCUUCUGGAGGCUAAAGUCCCCUGAGGAGCACGAAGCAGAGACAAAGAUCAAGUCUAAAGAAGCUAGAAAAUACAUUUUUAAUUGCCUGGAUGACAUUGGGCAGAUCAAUGUGCCUACAGACCUGGAGGGAAGUGAAUUGCUAGCAGAAAAGGUAGACAGGAGAGAAUUCAUUGACCUCCUAAAGCGCAUGUUGACAUUGGACCAAGAGCGCCGCAUAAAGCCAGGAGAGGCUCUCCUGCACUCCUUUGUGAACAUGGCACAUUUAGCAGAUUACUCCCAUUUGGGGAUCACCAAACAGAGUGUGCAGGCUAUGGACAUCUGCCGCAGGACACAAAGUGGAGUAUAUGACAUCAACCAGAACUCAGCGAGCCUAAUGCACAACAUGGUGCCCUCCUCAAAUGGCAGCUUUACCCUUACUUUCAACAACAACCAAAUUAACAACCAAAUCAAUGCACUUCACUCACAGAUGGCUUCCCAAAAUCUUGGUGCUGGCCAGGGGGUGGGAGAAAUCCCAUACUUGCAGUAUUCCCUCCAGUCUGGUUACCUGCCAUACCCUCCCCAGCAGCAGCUGGGCCCUUCUGUGGCCACACAACGCCAGUCUGGCCAGUUUACCUGUUCAGACCCCUUCCGCCAGUCUCUAUGCGUUCCAUCGCUUGUGGUUCCAGCUCCAUUGCCAAGUCUUAACUCCCCAACAAGGCCUAGUGCUGUUUCCAUGGUAACUCAAGCUCCUCAGACCUUGCAGUUGCAGCCACAGCUCAUCAGUCAGCAGACUGUGUCCUCUCAGCACCUGACGCCCGUCACCAUGAUUGACAAUGGUAGACCUGUGUUCAUGGCCAAUGCUCAUGUCAACUCCUGGCCAGGGAGUCGCCAAGUGCUGAUGGGGUCCUGGCAGCAUCUGCCAACAUUAUCAACACAGCGCACUGUGGCACAGACCUUGGUUCCCGAUGCUUUGGCUUCAGCUGCAGCAGACUCCUGGCGACAGUCAAUCAUGGUUGGUGAAGCUUUUGACCAGUCACCCGCCCUCCUGCCUUUGAACUCCAGCUCUCAGCAGUGGAAUCUGGGUAUGGUGCCAUCCACUUACCAGCUAUCUCGCCAUGCCACCACUGCAUCACACUCUAGCAAACGCCAUCCAAAGCAAAGUCGUCACAGCAAGGAAACAACAUCAACUCAGCUUUCCCCUGUCAAAAAGCGUGUGAAAGAGAGCACACCCCCACAGGCUGAGAUUGUUAGCUUUGAUGAGAUGCUGCAGGUGGGCAGUGAGUGGGCGGUGCCCUCUGGCACCUUUGUCUAUGAAACGAGCAGAGUUGGAGACAAUCGUCAUACCAUUGUCAUCAGAGACUCACCGUCGCCUUCUCACAGCAUCAUCACCAUUAGCUCAGACAGUGAGGAUGAUGGAGAGGGUCGUGGCCUGACUUCCCACCAUCACCACCACCACCAUCACCAUCACCACCACCACAGCUCUCAUCAUCGUACUAGGGGACUACGUGGUGAAGAUGGCCGAGGUGAUCAGGGCUACAUGACCUCCAGCAUUUCUGAUAGUCACAUUGCGGCCUCAGCUGCUGUAGACUCUUUCGAUGGUGUGCGGUGUCGACGCAGCACCAGCUUUGUGAUGGUAGGCACCGGUCAGGAGGAGGAGGUGGAUGAUCGUGAGCGGAUCAUUGUGACGGACAGCAGCAGUAGCAACAGCAGCAGCAGCAGCAGCAUGUCCACUGCCAGUGGUCGUAAGAAGGUGACUUUCACACCUAUUAAACAUGAAGUUGGUGGCUCCUCUAUCGUGGCUGAGCAGCACCAGCUGCAUCAUCACCACCACAGCCACCAGCACACUCACCACCACCAUCCUGCUCAUCAUGGCCAGCAAGCAACCCGUAGCAGCCUGGGAACCUAUUAUGCUGCCAGCGAGCCUGCGCUGUGCACAUCUGCACCAUCUUCGUCAACUGCACAGCAUGUAUCCUCCAUGGGACAAUCUCAGGAGACAGUGGCUCGCAGUAGCAAGCAGCGGGAGCAAGCCAAAGUGACGCCUUACAUUCCAAAGUCGGAGCUUCCAGCGUCCCACCACACCCAGCAUCACCCCAGCAUUGAGAGGAUCAAGGCUGUGCGCAGUCCACGCAUGGAUAUGAAGCUGCCUCUCCUUGAUCAGGUUGAAAUCUCGUCAGCUGCAGCGCAGGGUAAGCUGGCUUAUGUUUCUCCUACUGUGCGGGCCCUCCCAUCAUCCAGCAAGGGCACCUUGGCCAGCCACAGUCUGGCAGGGGCAUCAUCAUCUCGCCUUCGCCCUGCAGCAGCAAACAUCAACUAUGGUCGUGGCACCACUGGCAUGGGUGUAGGGGCAGCAGGUGGCGUGGGACAGUUGUCACCCGUGCAGGCCAGCAUGCAGCUAGGGCAACCAGUUUUGCUCAACCCUUCCUCGCAGGUCGAGGUUCGCAGUGAGUACCGGCCAGGAGCAGCCACUUUGCAAGGAAGCCCAAUUCAUCAUUACCUUGUACCUGCCCACCAGCAGCAUCAGAUGGCUGCCCUUACCGCUGCUGCCGCCACAGCUGCCACAGCCACCGUGGGCCAAUACGGGCCAUUCUCACCAUCGGUGGCACCCCCACCGGCACACCAAAGCCCACGCCAUGUGCAGUACGCCGCUCACCCUCUUCCAGCGCACAUGCACCCGGUGCUGCACACCUCCACACUGCCUGCCUUCCACGCUGGGCAGAUACACCCCCAUCCUCACUACGCUGCCAGUUCUGCCAGUUAUCUCAACUCUGCAGCCCCACCUCCAACCGGAGUCUAUGCUACCUACCAGAUCAGUCCAAUCAAACCACGGCAGUACCAGUACUUUGCUUAAGAUAGUUUGGAGUGGCGACAAAUAUUAUCUUUCAUCAGACUAAGACGCUUUGGGGACUGUGAAGGUUAUGUUGUCGUGGAUGAGAGAAAGAGAUAGAACAAAAGGAAGGCUUGUUUUAAGUAGCGGUGGGAGGUUUAAUGGAAGUGUGCAUGUUGAGAUGGGGGGCAAUGACAUUGGGAAAGGUCAGGGACAAAGUUGUAAUUAAUAACCUUUUCCUUGUGUGGUGCCAACAUUUUUGAGCUAGGCAACUGGUGUAUCAGUAAAACUACCCAGCCCUGCUCCACGCCCCUCUCCCCACAUUUUGUUUUUUGGUUUUGUUUUAUUUUGGAUGGCCACUGGCUUAAGUGCCAAGACUUUGCCGGACGGGAAUCUGCCUGCUGGUCUGCUUUCUUACUGUACAAGCUUGGCAGUGGCAUGUCUUCACUGGCAACUUCUUUUUGGCCUGGAUUUGACAUUGCUUGCCCUCGACCUGCUUUUCCUGAGGCUGCAACUUUUCUUUCUUGGGUGACGUUGUAGUGACAGUUACAAACUGCAGCCUAGAUUCACUGGUCAAAAGUUUCCACUUAUAUAAGUAGCACCAAUGGACCAAUCAUUUCACUCUUUUUUUCUUUUAUCAGCCAGUAGAAAAACUUUGAAGUAACACUUCUUAUGUGGACAUUUUUAAGCACUCCUUGGACGUAGACAUGUUUUUGCUUAUUAAACACUAUUUUUAAGAAUUACCCACUUUUUUUUAAUUUUUGACAAGAAUUCUAAGGAUUUGUUUUGGAGACUGGGAGUACUUGGUGAAGGUGAGGGGUUUGUAUGUAUAGCAAAUCAGGUGUGACUGUCAGAUGAGUGAAGGCCAUGCCAUCAGUAUUUUAUGCAGCUGAAAUGAUUGCAUUUGGUAGGACAUUUUAGGCAGUGAUUGUAUGUUGUCCUCACUGGUUGUUGUAAUCCAGAAUGGUUUUUUCCUAGAUUUCUUGGUAAUUUAUUAUAUGUAUGCACUAGGGCAGCCAUCUCCUCCCCUGCAAAAUCUCUGGACGUAAAAGUUUUGUCAUUUCACAUGUAGGAGAUUGAGAUCAAGCAGAACAAGCACACCUCUUUCUUUGUAAUGGGGCAUUUUGGCAAGAUUACAAUGCAUAAGAUACGCUUGCACAUCGGUGAUGUUUGUGAGCAGUUGUUGUGCCUGUGGGCUUCAAGUGCUGCCCAGAUUAAUAAGAGAAAUUAUACCUAGAAUUCCAUUGCAGGUUUGUUGAAGGUCACACACAGAGCUUUAUUGCAUUGAGCAAGUGUAUUUGAUUGGUUAAACCUUCUCCCAACCCUUUCCAAAAAGACUUUUGAUCUGUCAAAUUGGUGGAUGUAAAUCUAUUAUAGAAGUGGAAUAGGACAAGCCAAUGUAUUUUCUUAAUGGUGCUAUUGUAAUAAUUUGUUUUUAAUUUGUCUUGCACUGGCAAGGGAAUGGACGUGAAUUUCUCCUUGUGCUUGUUCGUGUCUUGCUCACUAACAAUAAACACAUGUAUGUUGCAAUACAAUAGCUGCCCAGAAAGUUUAUUUGUAGAAUAUGUAAUGCAGUCUUGUAAUCUGUACAAGGAAAAGAAGAAUGCUUAGAUUGAUAUUUAUAUUUUACUGGUAGGAUGCAGAAUCUUUGAUAUAAAGAAAGCUGUGUCUUUUAUGUCAUGAAUACAGAAAGAGUGAAAAAUUUAACAUGUAUGAAAGUGUACUGAGAACUAAAGCCUUGCAUGUUAAAAGCCUACGGGUUUCUCAGCAGUUCUACUGAUUAGAAAAAUGGGGAGAUAUUGGCCUCAGUAAUUUGUUUGUUGUCCUUAAUACAGCCGCCAAAAAAAGUGUGUUGAUUUAUGUGCACAUUCCAUGUUUUUAGAUGUCAAUGUCAUGCUUGAGUGGUAUGGUAUCUUCAUUCAUGUGCAAAAUUCUGGUCCAGCAAGAGCUUUCUGGCUUGAAGUCUUAAGCAAGUAUUUUGAAGUUUGAAUUAUUUAAAGUGGGAUGAGGCUUUACUGCAGAGAGAAAACUUUGAUUUUAUGUUAAUCAAGCAAGACUUCUGUCUCUAAAAACAUAUGAAUAUGUGUGUGAAUCAUUACGAAGUACUAUUUUGGUGAUAAAAGGGAUAGUAAAUAUGUCUAAAAUUUGCGCUGUGGCAUUAGAAUGUUUACAAAAUAGUUUGGUCUUCACAAAAUUUUAUUAGCAAUGCCUUAAAGAAAGUGAAUAAUUUUCUAAAGAAACCACAUGCCAGUCAGCUUAUUUUGUGUGUGUGUGUGUGAAGAAGGGAUUGUUCUGUUAAUCUAUCAUUAGGAUAAAGGUCUUAACCAUGAAUAGUUAAAAAAUAACUUAAAAAAGAAGGCUUGAAAAGGAAGAUAGCACAUCUUGUAUUAUUGUGUCAUCAGUUUCCCUCUCUGUCCCUUUUGAUGCUAUCAAUUUUCAAAUUCUGUGAUCACGCAAGGAAAAGAUGAAUUGUAUAGCUGGUUUACAAGCACAGUAGUGUUGCACCAGUUAGGAAAAAAGUGCCUUUUGCACUGUUGUCAGGAAUUUUUUUAAUGUAUUUGCUUUUGACCAGUGAGUCUGUGGUGAAGAAAUCUAAAGGACAAUGCCAGACAGAUUACUAGUUAGAUUUUGCCCUAUUGAGGGGGUGGGGAUAGUAUGUUGAGCCCAUGCUACUAUAAGCAUAUGCCUUGCUGGGCAGCUUGAAAAAGAAGGAAAAGAAAAGUAUGCACAUUUGGGGUCUUCAUUACCAGGAAAAGGAAGGUUUUGCAAGCAACUGUUUCCUUUACCUCUUUAUGUACAGUGACAAAUAGCGAAGCUUGGUACUGACGAUGAAGGUUCAUCCACAGUCCCCAACUACCUGAUGUCUUCAGGGAUUUUUCAUUUGCGCCUUUGAAUUCUUGAGAUCCCCUUUCAAACAGCAGUUAGUCUGAUAGUAGACAGACUGAUUUGAUGAGGAGAGGGGACAUGUGAUUUGAAUGGGUAGUGGACAAGAUUUGCUUUAUUUUUUUUCUUUGUGCACUUAUCUUUACAGUGGACUUGACCUUUAUUAUGCUGGUUUUUUUCUUCUUUUACUCUUUACAAUGUUUCAUUUUGGUUUCAGACAUAUCCAGUAGAUGAAUGUUAUUCCUUAUGGUCAAAGUUAUGUGCAUGUUUUAAUAUAUUUAAGAGUACUAGCCCAGAAUUGUUCCAUUUCUUUGAUCUGUUAAUGGUGUGCACGGUAGUGGUUUGUGUGUAUAGUAGAUUUACCUCUCUGUACUUUAUAGACAGUAGUGGUCUGUGUGUAUUAUAGAAUUGCCUUUAUCUGUACUUUAGAAUCUUCAAACUUGCUUCUACCCUGUCAAUUUUAUUCUUUGUUAAAUGUUUUUUUUUAAAAAAAGGUAUUUUCAAAUGUGCGUACAUUUGUUGUGGUAUAAAGUAUCUAGCAGCUUGUGGGUUUCUUCAUCUCGUUCUCACUGCUUGUUCAGUGUGUGCCUUUCUCUCAUGACUAAAGUAUUGAUAGAAGACUUGCAUUUUUAAUAUUAUUGUGUUUGUUUUUUGGACACUGUUAAUAUGAACAUAACAUGAAAUCAGCUGAGGAUGUGUGAUGCUGUACACUGCACCAUAACUUGGAAUGAACAGGCUGUUUUGUGUUGCCAAUGUUUUUAUUCCACCAUCAUGCUUUUGUAAACCAUUGGAGAUAGUCUUGUACAGUUAGAAAUCUUAGGCUGUUGUUAUAGCAUGUUUUCAGGGUGUAAUGUAUACAGCAGUACCUGGUGCUUGUCUGCUGAGUGAUAAGUGGUUUUAGAAUGGCAGAAACUAACCCUGAUCCAUGUUAAAUCAGUAGGAAUGAUCUCUCCUUUGUUUUUCUAUAUCCACGAGAAAGAACUUAUGUUGGAAUAGCCUCUUUUUAAUAUCUUUUAUGAAAAAAAGUAUGUCUUUUUUUACAUAGGAAUGAUUGAUGAUCUAUAGAUUUAGUCUGGAGAGCUGGUUCUUGAUAUCACAUGAAAUUAAUAUGUGUAAGUUAAAAUACCAGAAUUAAGCACUGUUUUUAUCACGGAUGGUCAUGUGUUUGCUGCUUGACUGUAGGAUGAAAGGGAUUUAUAAUACAAAUUGAGGAUUUUUUAAAUCUCAACAGAUUUUUUGCUGUAAGGAGUUAAGCUGAGAAUCCAUUAGUACAUAAAUAAAUGUACGGGUAUGACAGUUCAUGUAACGUUCUUAGCUGAAUUACCAUGAAGAAAAACUUAGGUUGGUUGCCUCAAAGAGUAGCUCUUUCCAAGACAUGUUGCUGUGCUGGUGGAUGCAUAGUUUUGUUUCUCAUUUUCUUUUUAUCUACCCCUCUUUGCCACAAGUACUCUUUUUUUCUCCCACUCAUGUUUUCUAUUUCAUUCAUUCUUGAAUAUUCCUAUUAAUACAGGACAUUGUUCACAGCUAAGAAAGAAUAAUGAAAGGGCAGCUUUGCUGAUAGAUAGUUCUGAUAUGGCGAAUGGUUGUGUGCUGUGAGGGUGAGCAUCAGAUGAAAAUAAUUUUGACCCUUGUCAAGUGUAUGAUCUAACACUACAUUAAGUCUUUCAGUGAUUGCAGAGAGUUCAUGAUCUGUGUGGUACUGCGUAAAUUGAUGAUAAAUUAUAUUUCACAUGUGCUAGAUUUCACCAUUAUUGGUGGGUCAAAAAUAUAAUGACUUUGCAGGGGUUUUUCUACCAGAGCUUCCCUGAAUUAGGAAAACAAAGUCUCUACAUGUUGACCAGGGACUGGUGCUGUCCUAGUAGCAAACAAAACAUUCCAUUAAGUUGGCAGAAUACCAGCACUGAUUUUGUUCUCAACCCUGGAUUGGUUCUUGUAGAUAUUUUGAAGGACAGGUAACUAGUAAAGAGUUGAAAAAUAAAAGGGGCAUUUGCUGCAGAAAGAUUUUUCUAAUGCUAUGUAUUUCCAUGGGUUUUUUUUUUCCAGCAGCAGUAAAGAAUUUUUUCUAUGAAUAUUUGCAAUGUUUGGAGCUGAAAAGCUUUUUUCUUCUUACUCUUUUGACUUAGCUAUAAAUGAUAGGGACUUUUUUUGUUGUUUUGUUGUUUGUUUUUUUUUUUGUAUCGGUGCAAAUCCAACUGGAAAGAAAGGAGAUAUGGGGGAGGUAGGAAGAAGAGAUGGAAGAGCUAUAAUUGUGGAAGGGAGGAUUGCAGUCACAUUGCUUAGUCUUGUGCAUGUGGAACAGUUACAGUCUGCAGGCGAUAUUUGGUUAUUUUUAUUUAAUACACAGCUGAAUGUGUGUCUGAAAUUUGUGAUAGUAAGGCCUACCUCUUCUCCCACCGCCCCCUCAUUUUGAUUGUGGUUUGUCUGCUCAGUUGUGUAUACUAAUGGAUAUUUUAUGUAUAAAAUAGAAGAGCUUUUAUUCCACCACUUCAGCAACCCUUUUGAAGGUUUGAGCUGUUAAAGCGUAGUGACUUUCAUAUAGGGUGGGCCAAAUACAGAAUGCCACACUAGAAUGUUUUGUUGUAUUUCUAUUAGAUUCUUUGGAGGCAGCCUGCCAUUGACACAGUGAAAAGUUCAGAAAAUUAAGGGUCAUUUAAUCAUGUCUCUGGAGUGUCCUGAAAUUUGUUUUAAUCUCCUUUAGAUAUUUUUUAUUAUUAUUAUUAUUAGUGGCCUUUAAGACAAGGUUCUUUCCUCAGAAACCCUUGUGUUACUUUUUUCUUUGAGUUUUUUCCUUGGUGGUACAAGAGUAGUGGGGUGGAGGAGAGACCUGUGUACUUCCAUUUACUUAUUUAUCAGCUGGUGUAUUACACUUAGGGAAAAAAAAGAACUGAGUCUCAGAGAUGAAUCAAAAUUAGUCAUUUGCACGUCCAUGAGAGAUGUGGAGAUACAAGGUGCUAAGCAGUUAUUAGAUAAACUAUCAAGGGUCAUAGUUUGUGUAUUGAUUACACUGGACACUUGUAGUCCAGCACCACAUUGGUGUUGGGUCCUCCCUCUCCCAUCUUAUCACCAGCAGAAUAUCACUCAUCAAGCUGUAAAAAUUGAGUACAAGACUGUAUACAAGUACAAGACAUUUUGUCAUUUGGUAGAACUAUAUAUUUUAUUCCCAUGUAGCUUAUUUGAUGGGGGUAACUGUUUCUUCCCAUCCACAAACGAUUUUUCUGUAUGAGCAUGAAUGCCACUCAUUUGUAUUGGUGUGUAGAUUUUUUGUAAAUUACAUAUUUAGUAGAAUUUUUCCUGCACGUGUGAAUGAAAUCUACAUUCAUUAUAUUAUACCUUUUGAAAGGAAUAUUGCAGUAGACGGAUAGUUUGGGUUCUUUUUGCUUUUGGUUUUUUUCCGCUUUCGGAUGUUUUUUCCUGACUUAUGCAUUGCAGUUCUUGGUAUUUAGGCACUUGGUUUGGAGCUUGAAGGUGUUAAAACCUGAAAAUACUUGUCAGAUCUCUGUCCAUUCAAGAAAGAUCCAAAGCUGGAGGUGCAGUGUGCAGACAAAGACAGGAGCUUGGCACAUGUCAGCCUGCUGAUUUAAGAACUUUCUUCAGUAGCCACCCAUGUACAGAUACCUGCAAUGAGUUUCAAACAGGAAAACCUUUGGCAGGUGUGCAGCGACGUGGUGGCUGUGUAGACCCUGUGUAACAACCCGUCAGAUUAGCAUUUAUUUAGUCAUCCAUUCAAGAUUGCCAAGCAAAUUUGAGCGCCACUGUUUUCAGUUUAUGUGCUUCCUUAAAAAAAAACACAAAAAAACUUCAUUAUGUGUGACAUUUCUCUUUAAACCUUGAGAAUAAUAUUGAAGUAACAUCCAGCAUCAAGUUUCACAGUUCUCCCUAGAAGCUUGCAUGAUGAUUUGCUGUUAACCCUGUUCUGGGAGGAUGUUCUUUUUCAGAAGUCAUGUUUGGACAUGUUUAUUGCCAUCCAGUUUUACAGUGGCUUCUCUCAGAUGCUACAGUGUUUCCCUCACCACACAGCAUUGACAUAUUCGCACAAGUUUAGUCGGGAUCUAUGCAUGGUCACAAGUUAUGAGGUUGUGGAUUGGGAUGGAAAUCACAUUUCAUAGUAUUGACCCCAUUGUUUGGCCUAUUUCAUGGAUAUGUUAUUGAAUACCCUUUCAUUUUGUUGGUUUGUUGAUAACAGGCACCUCCUUGUGGACUUUGGUGACCAUAGUUCUCAUUUUUGCAGUUUGUCUCUCUCUUACGAACACUCACAUGUACAUAACACUUAACAACAGUUGUAAUCAUGGGGAUGAGUGUCAGAUCAGCAUGGCCUAGCUGCAUACAAGUCUGGACUUAAAAGAUGACUAAGACUAAGACAACUAUCAGAAGACCAUGUGACUCAGAGGAAUUCAUUGGAGACUUCUGUUCCAGCUAGUCCUGCAAAAGGACAGACAUCAAGAGAAGGGUAGAGAGAGAGACCUGCAUGCUGCUUCAGCUUGGUCACCACAGAUUGAGACAAGGUUUUGAUUCUGUUCACAUUUUGAUGUCUCAGUGUUCUAUGAAAAUAUCUUUUCAUCUUUUGUUGAAUUUAAAAAAAAAAAACAUUUAAAGACAUUAAUAAAAAUUUUGUUGGUGGUGCCAACCUCAUUUUCAUUGAGUGGAUGACAGAUGCUCUUUGCCUUUCUGCUUUCAGCAUUUAAAAUCAGGUCACUUACAUAUUCUUUUGUGGUUCUCCCUCUUUCUCUUUAGGGCCCAAGUGUGUGUGCUUAGUGGUGUUGGAGUUCAGGAUUUGUAAUGUCCAGUGAUACAACAUUGUGCUUUAAGUUAUCUAUCAGAUAGUGGCUCACGUCUUCAUUGACGUUUGGACAACUUUUUCUUUAAAAUUUGUUUUUUUGCAGGUUACUUGUAGUCGUGCAUGAGACAGGAAUUUCUUCCUAUAGGUGGAUUCAGUGUUUUGGUAAUUGUUUCAUCCUCACCUCAAACUAUUUUUGCAUUUGUAUUGGUUGAUUUCUCUGUUGCUGUGCAUUUGACGUGGGCAUUCAGUGGUUAACGGUUUGUUAUCCUUACUAUUCAGGCAGUCAGUUGGCCAGGUGCAGCACAAAAAAAAAAGGAAAUCAAGUUGAGUUUGAGCUGUUUGUGUGUGGGCAGUCUGCUGGUGUGUAGUGUAAUCUUUUCUUGGUUUGUCAUAGUCAUCAGAAAGGAGUGUGCUCUUCCUUGCAUUAACCUCAACCGUAUUAUUGGUGAAAAGAAACUCCGCAGGAAGAAUGCCUCGUAAUAUAGGCUGUCACUGUUGUGUUUUGACACAGAAUGCUUGGGUUUUUUCCUCCUUCCUCUUUAAAACUUGGGGAUAAAACCCAUCAAGAGAUGAUUGUAAAAUAUUUUGUCAUGUUAAGAUUUGUAAAAUAUGGAUACCUAUAAACAUAUAUAAAUAUAUAUCUUCCUGCCGAUGUUUACCUUUCAACUUUAUAUUUGGCAUUGGUGCAUUUUUACCACAUCAUCCAAGUUGCUGUGCAUGUAUUAAGUAUAUGUCUUGUAUGAUACUGCCAAAGUGUGAAUGAGAGAGAGAGGAAAAAAGUAAUCUAUAUUUUUGGUCUCUCCAGUCUGAUGUUGCAUAUAAAGAUGAUUUUUUUAAAAAAAAGGAGUUUCUUUCCCCUUUACCAUACUAUGCCAUGUGCACUCUCGUAACAGGAGUACAGUACUGUGUGUCACUACUCAAGGAUAUUACUAUUACACAAAUAACAAUGCAAUCUGUCAUGUUGUCAUCACACAAGAGUUCCAGUAAAACAGCAGAAAAAAAUUAACAGUUGCUUUUUCCUUGUUAUUCUUUCCCGUCUUGUAACUGGAUUUUGGUUAGUAGAUUUAAAGAAAAAUGAAUAUGAUGAACUGCAUACUUGUUGAAAUUGAUUCAGUGAGAAAGUGCACUGGUUUGGUAAAUACCUGAUCCUUGUCUCUAGGACGUUUGUGAUGAUUUUGGAGAUGUAUUUUGAUCUCUUUAUCUUUUGAUUCACGCAUUUAUUACUCAUCAGCAAUUCUUAGAGAAGAAAGCUUAUCACAAGGCUGUAGUUUUUUUUUUCUUUUGGUCUUUGUUAAAACUUUUUGUUGUUCGUUGCUUGGUAUUACAAGUUAAUCCUUUGGUAUUAUUUGGAGUACUUCUUGCUGUUUGUGUAUAUGCAUACUGUUUUUAGCUCUUUUUUCCCCUUCUGCCCAUUUUACUCACUUUGGUCCUAUUCACAUGACACAAGUUUCUAAGUUGUGUGCCUUUUUUUAAGUUCUUGCCACUUUCUUUAUCUAUUAGGAUUGGAGUUUGUUGUGUGUUAAUCCACUAUUUUGUAUUUUAUUGUGACAGUGUCCCUCUCUGGCUAGUUCAGAUUGCGAACAGUUGUCAAAAAAUUUUCUUGAGAGACAUUGAGGCAUAAGAGUAAUUUUAAACAAAAAAAUUGCUUGCCAAUCUUUUAGUACCAAAAUUUUGAAAGCUAAUACUUUAAAAGGAGAAGAAAUCUUUCCUAUUGUUUUAUUGUUAUUUGACUACAAAUUUAUGGUGCAUAGAAUAUAAUCAAAGUUAGGUGAGUGAUGGUUGGCAGAGAAGUUCUGAUAUUAAAUCCAGUUCUUAGCUAAGAUUUUGUGAGCAUUGAGAUUGCAUUACCAAGUCAUCAAGUCUAAAACAUUCCCAGAUACCCUCCCACCCUUGAGACUGGGGUGUCUUUGUCCAGGGGUGUGUGUUUUGUCCCCGUAAGCCAUGAAACAGCCAGAGAGCACAGACCCAUGUACAGCUUAUUUUUUUUCUUUCAUUUAUUUAACAGUUAUUCAUAUUUAUCUAGUCAGCAUAGCAUGGGUGUGUGUGUAUAUAUGUGUGUGUGGUUAUAAAUCAUUUAAUAAUGUUUAUCAUUUUUUAAACACAAAUUUCUAGAAUUAAACACUUGUUUCAUCUGCUGCAAUUAUUCAAUCCACUUUUUCUUUUUAGAUUUUCUUGCCAGAUAGAUCUUUUUCUUAAAUCUUUAGCAGGACAUAAUUUGAUAUUUUCUUUUUCUAGCACAUUUGGAUAGGCAUCUUUCCCACCAACCCUAGAUAAACACUGGAGGAGAGAGUUUCCAAAAUACUCUUCCUCGACACCACCCCUCAAAACAAGCACUUACAAGUGUCAGGGUUUCCAGUUCUCCAUUUCCCCAACCCUUACUUCAAGUUAAUCUAGUGUUUUAAGGAAUAAAAUUCUACAGACUGAAUUAACUUUUGAUUUGGUUUUCAAAAAUUUGUGAAAUUUUGAGCUUUGUCUUCCUUUGAACUAGCUGGGCAGUAGUUAUUGAUGCUGCAUGUUCUUAUCACAUACUUUAGUGGUACUGUAUAUUUGUGUGCAAUAUUCAGCCUGUUCUUUGUGGCUUUAAAAAAAAAAAAGUUUGGAAAAGUUUGUUUGUAUCCCAGUUUUCUCAAUUUUCUGAUUCACAGCUUUGUUACACGUGUGCUAUGCUGUAUUGUCAUAAAUAGAAUUGAAAAUGCAUCGGGAACAAUAGGGGAAUAAAAUAUGGAUAUCCUUGA